ACUUCUAAGGGUAUUGGAUUGACUAGUAAUUUGCAUGGCCAAUCAAGAAAGCUAAGAAUUCAACCUUCUUCUUUUGUAUAAGGCAUGCUCGGCCUUAUCCCCCACCCCUACAUCCAAUUCUACAUGUCCAUCAUCCGUUCUAAAUAAUCAAAUCAUUAUAAAAAAGACUUCAGUCUUAUUAUUUUAUUUGCCUUUAUAUUGAUAAUGUAUCUUGUAUUUCAACCAAUCAAACUAAUUUUCAUAUUAUAAUGUAAUUAUUUCAACCAGUCAAACUUCUUCUUAUAUUGUGAUACAAUUACUUUAUCCAAUGAAAUGUCUUUUUCUGUUGUACAUCUUUACAUACAUUAUCUUAAUGCAAAUCUUAAUUUUUAUUCAGUUCACAUCCACAAUGCUAAUUGUCCUUUACUGUCCAGUGUUCAUUGUGGGUUGCGUUUGACACAGACUGUCUCACACGCAUCGUAGGCAAAUCUUGCAAGGACAGUGUCAGGGACUAACACAUGGUUUGGAUCUUCCACAUCUUUGCGAAAAUCUUCCAGCAACGCAGCAGUCAUGAUGAUGGAAAGGAUGUACAGUUUUUCUGGCUGAUUCAAUUUUUGCUUCACCAGUUUGUAGGCCUUCAGUAUUGCCCCAUGGCUCACAGCAGCUUUUGCCCUGGUGAAGUAGAUGUGUACAGAAACCGCCCAGUCUGCCAUGCAUCCAUCCAUGUGAUGCUUUUGGGGUCCGUGAUCGGCUAUUAAUCCAGUGCAGAACCUUCGUCACAUGGCCAGUAAUUCUUUUACAAUGAACUUCAUAGAUGAGACAAACUAACGCUACGUCUGCUUCUAUGUCAUUCUCUGCCCCGACCAUUUUAUCGUCGCCCAUUUUUGACUGGUCGAUGUCGGAGGGAUUACGCCCAAUGCCUCAUUUAUUUCAGGUUCUUUGGUCAGCAAUGCCUCCCAUGUACUUUUAUCAAGUGUUACAUCGUAUAUAUUGGAGCAUAAGCUUGACUUACUGGUUGGUAAACAAUGUACAUCACUCAAAUGCCAUGGUUUUCUCCCACCUGCUGGUCUGUUUCAGUGUCUUCUGUCAUAGCAGCUUGAACAACAGGUACAAUCUGUUGGAAAUCUUGCUAUGCCUCUCUCAACAGUCGAAUCUUGUUUAAUAUAUGCAAUUCGCUGAAGACAAUCUAGGCAACCCCCUGUUUGCUUUGCCAUACAGUGCCCAUGAUAUCAUCACUAAGUUUGAAGAAUUGAGACAUUAUUAUGAGGGUUUAAAAACCACGAGUAUAUAUAAUACUGGUCACGUGUGCUUUCUUGCGCUUGGCGAAAGCAAGAGGCAGAACACCAGCUUGGGAGAGAGGGAGAACAGCUUUAUUCAACCAAACUGCAAAUCAACUCUUUACUGCUGCUUCGAGCGAGUCACUCUGUACUCAUCUGCUAGUAUCAGUGCAAGAGCUAGCAACAAUAUGAUUCUUGGUAACCAGCAUGUUACUUCUUAUACUUUUAAUUUGUGCGGGAGUAGAUUUAGAACUCAGUUGGUCAAUUGACCACCGGAAGAACAUCAUUUCCUAUAGUAAUAAACUGAUGGACAUCAGAUGACCAAUAGCUAGAUGAAUGGUUAGAAAUCAGAAGACUAGUCAUAAAUCAGAGCCAAUAAUGACCAUACGAUAUUGGUGGUCAAAACGUAUCUAAAUUACUUGGAAACAGUUGGUGAUUCAUAAAUAGAGUGAACUAAACAAGCAUUCUUUAUGACUUCAAUCUGAGACUUCAGCUAUUACCACAUAAUUACAUAAACUUUAAAAAUUUGCUUUUUGACAAAUUUGCAUUAUGACAACUGUCCCAUUUUAUCUAUAAUUCUUUGAUAUCUUUAAGCAUAUCAUUGAUAUUUGAUAUUAAAAUUUCUGAGGGAGCUAAUCCCCCCCCUCUCUGCCCACAGUCUUAGGCAGACAUGCAGCUCGCCUCUGUUCAAAAUAGGCUUGCUGAUAUCCAACCCACACUUUGCGUGUUUUUGUACUGGCUCUAGCCCUGCAAAGCCCAGGGAACCAAAACGCUGUCAAAAAAAAAAAAAAAUCCAGGACUGUUAUCGGAACAUUUCAGGUCUAUAAAUAUACUUUUUGCAUUUAUUUUGGAUUAUUGCACUCAUUGACCCCAAUUUAAGAAAUGUUGCACAUAUGCAACACUGGGCUUUAGUGAUAAUAAAGGAUAUUUAUUGACCUAUUUAAUAUGUUCCUAAAACACAAUUCACAACAAGCAGUUAUAUGUCUCCAAGUGAAUACUGCAAAGCGCCGUAAAUCUCUGAUCUUUUCUCUGUUCAUUAUGUAACAUGCAAAUGGUUCUAGAUGAGGCUUAUACAGAAGCAGUUCCUAUCACUAUUGAAGCAAGUUGGUCAGGUCUGUUGACAGAGAGCACAAUAGCUAUUGAAGCAAGUUGGUCAGGUCUGUUGACAGAGAGCACAAUAGCUAUUGAAGCAAGUUGGUCAGGUCUGUUGACAGAGAGCACAAUAGCUAUUGAAGCAAGUUGGUCAGGUCUGUUGACAGAGAGCACAAUAGCUAUUGAAGCAAGUUGGUCAGGUCUGUUGACAGAGAGCACAAUAGCUAUUGAAGCAAGUUGGUCAGGUCUGUUGACAGAGAGCACAAUAGCUAUUGAAGCAAGUUGGUCAGGUCUGUUGACAGAGAGCACAAUAGCUAUUGAAGCAAGUUGGUCAGGUCUGUUGACAGAGAGCACAAUAGCUAUUGAAGCAAGUUGGUCAGGUCUGUUGACAGAGAGCACAAUAGCUAUUGAAGCAAGUUGGUCAGGUCUGUUGACAGAGAGCACAAUAGCUAUUGAAGCAAGUUGGUCAGGUCUGUUGACAGAGAGCACAUUUUUCACGAUCACUUUAUCGUAG